AUGUCGCAGAAGACCAUCGAGAAGCGGUUCGGCCAGUCGCCCGUGUUCAUCGCCUCCACGCUCGUCGAGGACGGCGGCCUGCCGCAGGGAGCCGCUGCUGACCCCGCCGCGCUUAUCAAGGAGGCCAUCCACGUCAUCAGCUGCGGCUACGAGGAGAAGACCAAGUGGGGAAAGGAGGGGCUGGAGAAGGAGUUAUAUACGCAACCAACCAGGCCCUAUGCUUUCACCGCCUAUGGAAUUGACAUUGGUAUAAAAGUGUUUCUGGAUUAA